GAUUCGGUGACCGCGCGAAAAUUCGGGAAUAUUUGAAUUGUGAACUAUUUUAUAAUAUAUUUAUAUUUACAUUUGUUAUUUCGCGUUCGUAGUUAUUUUUUACUAUUUUCUUUUUUUCUUUCUUUCUUCAUUUGUAGGAAGGGUGUUGUAUUAUUCGUUGGAUUUUGCAACAUUAUUAUUGGAAUACUCGAAUAAAUGAUCUCAUGGUCUGCCACGAUGUCGUUGACACAGAUAUCAAAAUAUGUCCUGGCAACGUGGUUGUUGACCACGGUUGGAGCGAUUACCGUGUCCAUAGACCGUUCUGACAUUAAAACUUCACCAACACGAUCGUCAAUGAUUGCAAAUGGAUGGAGACCAUUGGCUAAUGGAUACGAAGAUUCAAUUGGUACGAACGUUCAAUCUGCUGUUGUUAAUCAUCUGGAUAGAAAUUUACAACAACAACCACAUCCAGUAUUAAGUAAACUUCAAGAACAUAUGUUGGCAUCGGAAAAACAUAAACCACAUCGUAAUAAUAAAAACAAACCUAGUGGUUCUUCAUCAUCUUCUCAGCAGGAUUAUAGUCCACCCAGUAUACUUGGAAGUUUUACAGUUUUUGGUAACGCCGCUGCUAAAGCUCGUGGUGAACCUCAAAAAGUUUCCCAACAACAACAACAACAACAACAACAACAAGGUCACGUUAAAAGUAACGUUAACAAAUACGUGGGUUCGGAAACACGAGAAUAUACUUUUUUAAUACCCCCACCUAAAGAUGUUUAUCGUUUUGAACAUUCGGAACCACCUAGGAAGGUUGUACGUGACAACAGUUAUUCCAUUGUCAAUGAUUUUUUGAGACAACCCGCUUACGUACCACCACAGGUACAUCAAGUUAUACCUGAUGCUGUUAGAGCUGCAACUUAUUUUAUCAAAGGAUACACGUCAACUGCUAAUCCAACUCAAGUAACGUCAGGUGGUAAAAUUAGACCACAUUCUUCUUCUUCUUCUUCAUCGUCGUCAUCUUCUUUCUUCAAUGGUUAUUCAGGUGUACCACAAAUACUUCAACCACCCAGACACCCAGCUAAACCGUUUGAAUCUUUGAAGAUUUCUGGUAAUGCUAAACCAUACUUACAACCACCUAGUUCAGAAAUAACCAGUGAUUUUGUUAAAGAUGAUAGACUAAACGAACAUAAACGUCGUCCAGGUUAUGACAGAUUUCAACCAUCACAAAUUAAUGGUCAAUCUGGUAACUUUUAUACCCAAAUUAAUCAUCCAACUAAUCAUUACAAAACAUCGUACGAGAGAGAUCCGUCAUUUUUAGUUCAUGAGAGUCACGAGCUCAGUUAUGUCACACCAUCAUCGAUUUAUAACAAUGAAUAUAAUAAUUUUAGACCAUCCGUACCUUACGACACAUUAUUACCACCUGAAGUUUAUUCAACGUCAAGUAUCGGUACAUCAUCAACUACGAUUGCACCUCCCGUUCAUCAAGAAACGUCAUCAAAAUAUUUAUAUUCCAACGAUGUUGUUAGGGAUGAUGAUUAUUAUAAAAAUAUUCAAAGUACCAGUACCACUACUACUACUAUCAAACAACCCGAUAACACUGUACCAACGUCAGGUAUUACGAAUACUUAUUACGUCUCCGAACAACAGGAUUUAACACCUCCACCACAAUCCUGGCCAAUAACUAAAAACAAAUACACUUCGGAUAUUAACGAAGUAUUACCCAGGGUAAAUCCACCAAACAAAUUUAGUCCUGACGUUAUACAACCCAGUCAACUUCCUCAAGUUCCAAAGAUGGUCUACGUGAGACCUCAAGUACAGCAAUAUCAGAGUUCGAUAGUGCCGAGUCAGCAGGAAUACGAAACACCUGAGAGUAUAUCAUUGAAACACUUCAACGAACAACAAUUUAUCAUUCAACAACAGCUUGUCCAACGUGACAGACAACGUUUGGCUGAACAAGAACGUCAACAACAAUUAGAAAUUGAGAGACAACAGCAAGAGGAAUUGAAAAAACAUCAAGAGGAAUUAGACAAAUUAAUUAAACAACAAAAGGAAGAGGAAGAACAACAAAUUCAACAACAACAACAACAACAACAACAAGGGGCUGAUGAAUUUUCAGCUGACAAAAAUAUUACUGAACAAAUUGAAUUCUCCAAAAUUGGUAAUGGACAAACACCUUACACCGUACAGUUUACCCAAUUCGAUAUUCCACGAGUUACAUCUCAAUCACCGAUUCAUUACAACGAACAAAAUACUUUUGAAGAGAAUAACAAAUCACAUGGGUCUCAGAUUCAACAACCGGAAGCAGCAAUAGUACCGUUGAAAACAAGCUUUGAAAAUCAACAAUAUCAAACGCAAUUUAAUUAUAAUCAACAACAACAGCAACAAUAUAAUAAUAAUUAUCAACAAGAAUUAAAUAAUCCACAACAGGAAUAUGUUAAUCAGGAGUAUGUUAAUUAUCGAGAAACUGAAUUACCAUCACAGAAACAACAUAAACCACCAUCACGUGAUUCAAGUAGAAGAAAGAAACCUGUAACAACUAUAAGUAGCAGUAGUGUGGGUUAUGAAAGUGCAAUAACGACUGAGGUACCAACACAACAACCGGAAACAUUGGUUCCUUAUACUUUCCCUGUCGAAGAAUUGCCAUCAACACAUACAACUGCAUCACCAGAACCCAUAACAUUCCCAAGUUCAUUUCCAAGUACAACUUCGAGAUCGAGAACUCGUAGACCAGGUGGAUCAUCUGGAGGAGGAGGAGGAAGUGGACAACGUAGAAGACGCCCAUCAACGACAACUCCAGAACCCGUUACUGUACUUGAAGGUGAAUACUAUGAAAAGUACGAUGAACAACAGCAACAACAACAACAACAACAACUGGAUUCCUCAAAACGAAGGCGUGUAAAACCAACUCAACAAACGACCAAUGAGGAAACGCAUUUGGAAAGACGACCAAACAUAAGAAAACGUCCUGGUAAUCGGAUCAGAGUUAAUCAUGGUGAACCCUAUGAAGCUGAAAUCGUAACUGAGGUUAUUCAAACACCCGUUAACAUCUUUAAAGAUAAUACUGAACAACAACAACAUUCUGACAAAUAUGUCGAUGAUAACAGAUACACUUCUAAUUUACCCCACAAUCAAUAUCACGAUUAUACGUCACCUGUUUCUCAAUAUAACGAUGAUCAUCGUGAUUAUACUACUGAGAUUAUACAAUCAGAAUAUCAAACCGAAUUAACGAAAAAUAAUAAUGACAAAUCACACGGCAGUAAUAAUAAUAAUCAUUAUAAUAAUAAUCAUUAUCAUCAUCGACAAAAUAAUAAUAAUCCUAAUGUUGUCACAAAUAUACCACUGGAGGAUUUGUUCGUUAAAACCGAUGGUUAUUAUUUCGAUAAUGGUGCAACUACAUCAUCACCAACUAUUGCAAGUAGUAGUACCACGACUACUACAACAACUACUACACCAACACCAACACCAACACCAUCACCACCACCACCAUCAUCGCCACCACCUACCACAACAUCGAUCGUUAAAACUGUUACACAAUCUUCUCACGUUUCAUCCACUACGUCAAGACUUAAAAUCCGACCUAUGAGAUUUGGUAAUACAACAAGACCAAGAUUUAGUAUUAAAGAUUAUAAAACACGAAUGGAUUAUAAAAACAGAUUGGCACAAACUUCAACUACUGAACCAACAACUCCAACAGUUCAAUCUAAACAAAGACAUUCUAGUUUUAAAUCUCAAUCAAAUAAUAAUCAACAACAACAACAUAAUGAUUAUUCAAAUAAAGAAAAUACAGGUAGAUACAAAUACAUGUCAAGAACUAAUCAUAGAACUACUACAAUUAAUCCAAUUAAUGAAUCGGAAAAUAAUUUCGAUGAUACGAGUCCUACAUCGUCAACAACUGAACGACCAAUCAGUAGAUUUAUACCUAAAAGAAGACCAAUCAAUAAUAAUCUAUAUCGAAGUAGAAUUUCUGCUACUUCUACUACUACCAGUAAUCCAAAUCGAUCCCAACAACAAGUUGAAAGUGAAAACAAUUCGAAAACUAGUACAGUUAGAUCAGAAAACGUUUUUUCAUCGUCAAUAAGACGAAGACCAGUUAACAAAAACAGACACUCCACUUAUAAGGAAUCCAACAACUCUAAUUAUCGUGAUUCGAAUAAUAAUAAUAAUAAUAACAAUAAUAAGGAAGAAUUGUCAACGGAAAUGACAGCUGAAGAGACCAGUUUUUAUUCCCCUAUGACAACUUCAGCUUCGUCGAUUGGACACACGACCAAUGAUAUUGUCCAUGAAAAGAAUCAUCAAACGGAAUCAUCGAAUUCCGAUGAUGUUGUUAACGUUCAUACUGAAGAAGAAAAUCAAUCAAUGUUGACAACGAUUAAAGAACAAAGUGAAACCACUUCAGUAAUUCCGAUGAAAAUCAUCGAUGAUGAUACUGACAAAAAAAUUGUUCAAGAAAAUAAUAAUCAGAAGAAUAAAGAUGAAAUUACAACACAUUUUGAUGUAACUAAAAACAACAACAACAACAACGAUGAUAAUGAGGAAGAAUUAUUUGCUAAAGCAUCCCAAAGUGUUGCUGAUUUGACCAGUUCAGCAUCGGCACUUUACGAUAAGCCUGGUAUGUUCAAGGCCGUGUCACCUGAGAGUAGAGUUGUCUCACCACAUUUUAAAAUCACCACGGAUGAACCUACUUUACCGAUCGAGGCCUUCUUUCAAGAACUUUCUAAAAAAAAUUGAGACAAAAAAAGUCAUAUUUUGAGGUUAUGUUUCUGUAAGAAAUUAAACACACAUAAUAUGGUCGACAUUUAAUAGAAAGUGUUAAUUAAAGAGAAAGAUAGAUGAAUAGAUAAAUGGAUG